GACGUCGUCAGUGUCGAAGAAACUGCUUCUGAGAUUAAACCACAAGAACUACCUAAGGUGUAUGUUCCUUCAUGUCCAAUCAAUGUGAAAGUGUUUAUUAAUCCAUCAGAUUCCCCAGAUACCAAGGCGAAACUUGAUAUAACAUGGGAACAACCUGAUGAAGGUCCAGUCGUUAAUUUCUACAUUGAAAUUAAGCCAGUCGAUUCUGAACAGUGGGUAGAUGUAUCAGCUGAUUUUACGCUAACUGAACCUCAUUUUACAAUGCCAACCAAUAAUUUAAAAGAAUUUGUUAGCUAUCAAUUUAGAGUUAUUGCUGAAAAUGAAGCCGGAAAAAGUUUACCAUCACUUCCCUCAGAACCGAUUGAAUUAG